AUGGACCGCGGCCUUUACCCCACCUACUUCCUACAUCUAGAGAAGGACUACGGAAAGAAAGUAUUCUUGUUAGCUGGACGCAAACGUAAAAAGUCAGCGACAUCAAACUACCUGAUAUCAACAGACCCCACCGAAUUGACGCGGACAGCAGACAGUUUCGCCGGGAAACUUCGAUCAAAUCUCCUGGGUACGGCGUUCACUGUGUACGACAACGGUAAAGCUUGGAGGAAACAUGACCAUGGACAUACGAGACAUGAGUUGGCAGCUGUAGUUUAUGAUACCAACGUUCUCGGAUUCAAAGGUCCAAGGAAAAUGACCGUUAUUCUACCAGGAAUGACUCCAGAUCGGCAACGCGUUACAAUCGCGCCACAGGACGACAGCGAAACAUUACUAGAACGAUGGAAAAGCCACACUUUAGAUGACAUAGUGGUCCUACAUAACAAAACGCCUGUUUGGAACGACGAGACCCAAUCGUACGUCCUGAAUUUCCAUGGCAGGGUGACUCAGGCAAGUGUGAAAAACUUCCAAAUUGUCCACGAUUCUGAACCAGAUUAUGUGGUCAUGCAGUUCGGACGCAUAUCUGAAGAUGUGUUCACUAUGGACUUUAGAUAUCCGCUAUGUGCGCUUCAAGCGUUCGGGAUAGCGCUUAGUUCGUUUGAUAGUAAACUUGCUUGCGAGUGA